AUGAAGCUCAGGCCGCUCUCUUUCACGCGGUGCGCGCCGUCGCCGCUGGGGUGCGUGGGCAUGGGCAUGGGCGGUGGGACGAGGAGGAGGACGGUCCUUGUGGCCCUGCGCCGGGACGCCGCCGGCAGGGAGCUGCUCACCUGGGCGCUCGUCAAGGCCGCCGCCGCCGGCGACCGUGUCAUCGCGCUCCACGUCUCCACGGCCGCCGCAUGUGCCGCCGCAGAUGGGGAAAUGGCGGCGGCGGAGGAGAAGGCGAGAGUCAACGACUCGCUCGCCUCCGUGCUCGGCGCGUACAGGGGAUUCUGCGAGCGCAACCAGAUCGACCUGGAGCUCAAGCUCUGCGAGGGGCCGUCCAUCAAGAAGGCCCUGGUGACCGGGGCCACCUCCUGCGCCGCCGCGCACCUCAUCCUCGGCGUCACCAAGAGCUCAAGGCCUUCCGAAUCGUCCGCCACCGCCACCGCCGUCGCGAGGUACUGCGCCAACAGAGUGCCCCCGAGCUGCAUGGUCACCGCGGUCAGCAACGGCGCCGUCGUGUACCGCAGAGACCCCGUGCACCAGCACCACCAGCUGCUGCUCAGCCCCUACAGCGCAGUGGUGGAGACGCCGCGGCGGCUGUACCGCAAGAUCCUGGACGCGAGGACGACGGCGGCGGGAGACAAGUCCCAGGACGACAUGGCGAUCGGCGGCGCCCGGUCGGUGCGCCGGCACAUGUCCGCGGCGAUGAGCGCCCUGGUCUCGCCGAGAGUGAAGCUGGCGCCAGCGGGUCCGGCGAGGUCGUGCCACGGGCAGCAGGAGUCGCCGAAGAUGGCCGCCGGCUGGCCUCUCCUGAAGGACAACAUGCCUGCCUUGCCGGAGCUGUCAGAGGUAUCUGUGGUUGAGUGGGCCAUGCAGCUCCCGGCCAGGUGCUCAGACCAGAGAUCCGAUGAGCGGGGAGAGGAGAAACCAGCUCCGGAGGAGCUGGUCUCGCUCAGAGACAAGUACUCGUCCAAGUACACAGUGUUCAGGUACAGUGAGCUCGCCAAGAUCACCGAUGGCUUCUGCCCAGAUCGCCUUGUUGGGAAAGGCGGCGCCGGCCGGGUUUACAGGGGGUGUACGGAGGGAGGCAAGGAGCUCGCGGUGAAGGUCCUGAAGCCCUCGGACGACGUGGUGAAGGAUUUCGUGUCGGAGAUCGAGAUCCUGAGCUCGGUCGAGCACGAGAACGCCAUGUCCCUCGUCGGGUUCUGCCUCGACGGCGGCAAGGACAGGCUCAUGCUCGUGUACGAUUACAUGGCGCGAGGCAGCCUGGAGGAGGUGCUGCACGGGAACGGCGGGGAGAAGCAAGGCAAUAAGGGUGGCGUGGCAGUGCUAGGCUGGCCGGAGAGGUACAGGGUGGCCGCCGGCGUGGCGCGUGCCCUCGAGUACCUCCACGGCGACGGCGACGGACACCGACCCAUGAUUCACAGGGACAUCAAGUCGUCCAACAUCCUCGUCGCCGGCGACUUCGAACCCACGCUGUGUGAUUUCGGCCUCGCGAUGUGGGCAGAUGACGCGGCGGCGCAGGUCACCGGCGACGACGUCGCCGGAACAUUCGGGUACCUGGCGCCGGAGUACUUCAUGCACGGCAAGGUGAGCGACAAGAUCGACGUAUACGCGUUCGGCGUCGUGCUCCUGGAGCUCAUCUCCGGGAGGAAGCCGGUGAGCGCCGGCGGGGCCAGGGGCAAGGGGAGCCUCGUGAUGUGGGCCAACUCCAUCAUACAAGGAGGAAGGAUCAUGGACCUCGUCGACCCGAACCUGCCGACGACGUACGGGGACGGCGACGGCGACGGCGGCGAGGUUGAGCGGAUGGCCCUCGCUGCUGCCCUGUGCAUCCGGCGCGCGCACCAACUCCGGCCGAGCAUGAGCAACGUGGUGAAGCUGCUCGCCGGCGACGAGGACGCCGUCAGCUGGGCGAAGUCGCAGUUGGGCGUGGCUGCCGACGACGAUGGCCGCCAUGGCUGCAGCGCCGUCAUCUCGCCGGAGAAGAAUGACAUCCAGUCUUACAUCAACCUCGCCCUGCGUGACGUCAUCGACGACGACGCUUCGUCCGUCGGGAGCGGCGUCUCCUUGGAGGAGUACCUCAAGGGAAGAUGGAGCCGCUCAUCCAGCUUCGAGGGCUGA